UUAAAAUAUGUAAACAGAAUAAUAUUAAGCCAAAAGUAAAAAAAAAAAAAAAAACUUUUUUGAGUUUCUGGUGUUUYUUGAGAGUAAUCUUUGCCUCUCUGGCCUUACAGACCCUAAAAGAUCAGACAUAAGGUGAGUGCUCACCUUGAUCAAUUAUUAAACAUGAUAAUAUCRAUUACUGUUUGCCCGUUUUAGCUGUUACCAUAGCAGAAGCUCAUCUAUUAUUGAGCCGGAGUGUAGUAGUUGUGCUCGGGGUAUUUUCAGAUCGUUGUAACACUUCAGCGAGGAUUUUAUGGUUUGAUAGCAGAGUUCCCCUYUGGAGUUUUCUCUGAAUGGGAAGCGGAACAUGUGAGUCAUUCUUGGGUUUCAAUGGAAGGCCCGAAACUGAAACAGGAGAAAGAAAAGUCUGGCAAAACCGUCCGGUUCAGAGUCGCGUCCGCCAACAGUGGCCGGGUGCUGGCCGAGGUGUUCAAGGAUGAAAGGACCUGGUGCGGAUCGGUUUCGGAAUCGGUGGACUCUGACGGCACCGGCAGCACUGAGGGGGAGCAGGUUAGCUCGCUGCCCGCCGCCGUCAGCGAGGCCAACCGGCACCUGAGCGGGCUGCCUGCUCCGGUGGACKACAACGACGCAGGCGGCGCCGGCGAACCGGACGACCUGCUCCUGUACGCCAGCGUGAAGAGAGAGAUGACGUUCAGCAACAAGAGGAUCAACAUCUGCAGCAAGAACGGGACCAUUCGGGGCGUGAGGAACAAAGUGAGCGCGGGACAAGUGCUGUUCAACCACCUCUCCAACGUGUACUCGGGUUCCCAUCGACAGAGGAGGAGGCCCUGGGAAAAGGAGUAAAGAUGGACUAUUUUUUAUUAAAUCCGCUGCAAUAAAAGCCCAAAACUUAGUGAAAUAUUACAAAAGAAAUGAGGUAAAUCAAGAAGUCACUGAACAAACUCGAUUUAUUAUUUUGUAACAUUUUUGUCCAUAUUUUAACAACGUUCAUUGCAUACAUCAACAUUUAUUUAAAAUUCAAAAAUAUAAUUUUGAUGCUU